GUCCAGCGCCGAAGAGUCUCAACGUAUGCCAGGUCUGCGCAUGUUCCGGAACGACCCGAGCCCGACCAAUCCCCUCACUCAGGAGUGCGGCGCGCGCGAAUGGAGCAGAAAGGAAGUUCGCUUCCUGCGCGGGGUCUAAAAGCCUCGUUAGCACAGUUAGCUUCAUUAGCACGUUCCCUGCGCUGUUAGCGUCUUUCCUUAGUCGGCUGUCUCGCUGCUAGAGCCGCACUUUUGACGCCCAGAGAAACUGUAGUACGUACGUUCUUAAUGUAUUUCAUAUUUGAUAUUUCACCAGUGAUAUCGCGGACGUGUUUAUUGACGCGGUGGUUUCCCGUUCUCAAGAAGUGAACCGGCGGCAAGUGACGGAAAAAUGGCUGAGUUGUGAGCUGAGCUGUUGUACAUCAUCAUGUUUACAGCUCCUCACAGGACUCGUUACUGGACAAAACGUCACUACAAGUUGGCUUAACCUGUGAACUCGCCAUGAGCGUCACAACACCUUACUUUAAAAAAAAAAAAAAAAAUUAUAAAUAACCACGCACUUUAAAUUGGGUAUGCUGUUCAGUCACUGGUAUUUUCUUGCUUUCCACCACUGUCUGUGCCUGAUGUUCCUGGGAUAGGCUCCGGUUCACCGCGACCCUCCUCAUGAUAAGUCAGUGCUUAUUGAAACUGGAUGGAUGGGUCGUUUCGUAGCGGCAUAGGUUUAUUAAACGGGAGUUACAGUGUUUACCCACAGUGGGGUAUUCUUAAAGCUUGUCUGCAAAAUGUCCACUAAUGCAGAAGGGGGACAAUCGGAAUCAUCCCGGGUGCUCUUCCUUAGCACCAGUGGCGGACCACUGCGCUUCUUCUUGCGUCCAGGUCCGGUGAAAUCGCAGCUCCAUCCGAUUAUCACGGCAGGUGGAGGGGUGAUGUGCAGAACGCAGGAGCCGGCGGCCAUCCUCUUGGCAGACCCUGAAGACCUGGACAAAAUCCCCACCACGGCCGUGCACUUUUAUGUCUCCACACAGUAUGUGAGGGACUGUGUGGAGAAGCAGGAGCAGCUGGACAUAGAGGACUACAGGUUUAGUGUGGACCAAGUGCAGCAGGAGAAGAGCAAGAGGGAAGGGGGCGUACGUAUGGGGUACACAUCAGAGGACGAUGCUGCUAUCGUAUCGUUCGUCGAGGGCCGUGCAAAUGAAGUGCGGGGGAACCGCGUGUGGCAGGAGAUGGAGCGUCAGGGUGUCACGGCUCACAGCUGGCAGUCCAUGAAGGACCGAUAUCGCAAGCAUCUUGCACAGCAGCUGGAGGACAGCAGGUGGACGGAAGAGCUCGUUGUGAGGAGACAUUCUCGGAAAGCAGGAUCUGUGCGGUCUUCCCCCACGAGAGACCCCACUCAUCCCUCACCUGAAAAGGUGUGUCCUGAGCUUAUACCCAAAAAGAACAAUUCGGAAGCACCCGAAGAACCCCACUCGCCACCUCCGUGUGAAGGGUCUUGCUUCAAACCUGAGUCUGAAAGUACCCCAUAUCGAUGUGCAACGGCUAAAAGGCAUCCUCACUCUUCACCAGAAAGGGCUGCUCCACAGUCUGCGAGUGCGAAGAAGCACAGAGGAAACCCUCAAGAGGAGGGAUCUGCUAGGAAAUCCCCCCGCGUCACUUUGGCUGAAGAGAACGGCGCCAAAGAGCCUGAUGGAUCCCCAGGGAGCAAAAGGUCUCUGUUAGUUGUACAGGAGGAUGACGUGAAAGUUUUGAGAACUUCUUCCACAAGGAAGAACCUGGGCAUUCUGGAGGCAGCUAUAAUGGAAUUUGAGGAGUCAGAUCAGGAGACAUCGGACAACGGUGAAAGCACUGAGGUCCAGCCUGAAAUACGACCAGCAAGCCCUGGAGCCCAGUGUAGCUCUGCUGUCAAAAACAUAGACCGAGCACAGAAGAACGGCAUCGCUUCAGCAUCCAGCUCUGACAUGUGCCCGUUUGAAAGAGAAUCUGAGGAGGACGAGUUGAAUGGCAGCGUCCCUUUUUCUCGGGACCAACUGGAAGAGGCCAAACAGGACUUGCGCAAUUUGAUGAAUGAGUCAAAACAGGACCUGGUCACCGUUACGAAGGCCCUCCUGAAAAACAGCGGUGACAUGCAUUCUUCCUUGCAGUACCUGCUUGCAUGUGAGGGUACGGGUAGCUGCAGGCCUUUUUGGAAUCGUCGUGAUGAUGAGCUCCUUCUUUCAACCGACCCUUUAAAACACAAACUCCAUGAAAAAUAUGGGAAUGAGGCAGUGGAAAAGAGGAUGUCUUUCUUUGAGACUGAAUGAAACACGAUCGUGAUGACUUACGGGAUUGCUCGGCAGAACAGCUGUUAGUGUCUGUUAACCCCCUACGUGCCAAGCUCUAGGGCAAGACGCUGCAGGGAGCGUAUAUGUGCCCUUUCCGUUUGUGUUUUCUUACCAGUUGAACUUUCGGUUGAAAGAAAUUUUCACGUAAUACUCAGUUCCCUGUCUUUUGUGAGUUCUUAAUUGUAGCUUUGUAUUAUUUUGUAUACUCUUGAGACAGGGAAGAAAU